UUGAUAACAAAGUUGUUCAUUUCUCCAACACCUUAUUUUGUAAUACUUUUCUUUCUUUUGUUAUCAUGGAUCCCUUCAAAGGUCAAGGUGGCAUUCAAAUGCUUCUAACUGCUGAACAAGAAGCUCAACACAUUGUUAACACUGCAAGAAAUUUGAGGACUCAAAGGUUGAAGCAAGCAAAAGAAGAGGCUGAGAAAGAGGCAGCUGAAUAUAGAACUCACAUGGAAGAAGAAUAUCAAAAGUCAAUUUCAGAGACAACUGGGAGUUCAGGAACAAAUGUGAAAAGGCUUGAUCAAGAGACAGAUGUUAAGAUUAGAAGCUUAAAGAAAUCAGGUUCAAAGGUUUCAAAUGAAGUUGUGGACAUGCUACUCAAGUAUGUUACAAAUAUUAAAAUGUAAUCAUUGCCUAUAAGAAAUUGAUGAAGGCACCAACAUAAGAAGUCAUCACCUACAAUAAAACUAAGAAGAUUCAUCUCAAGAUUGUUUGAUAUUUCACUUUUGGUUUCAAUUGCAUAAAGAUUUAGCUACAAAUUCUUGCAUCCAUCAACUAUCACUUGUCACAUGGAAAACAAAAGCAAAUGGAUUCUCUCAUAUGUUAUAUAUUACUCGGUAGUAAUAUUUUUAGUUUUUAUGUAAUGAAUAAUAUUUUGAGAAAUACUAUUUAUUUACUUAAUAUCUACAGAAUAAUUUUAAUAAGAAUG